AUGGGGGCUGGGUGGGAAGUGAAACUCAAGUACACAAGGGUGUGGAUCCCUGACCCCGAUGAAGUCUGGUGCUCAGCUGAGUUGACCAAGGACUACAAAGAGGGAGACAAGUGCCUCCAGCUCAGACUGGAAGAUGAAACUACUCGAGAAUACUCCAUCGACGUCCAGAACAACCAGCUGCCCUUCCUCCGGAAUCCAGAUAUCUUGGUUGGGGAAAAUGACCUCACUGCCCUCAGCUAUCUCCAUGAGCCCGCAGUUCUGCAUAACUUGAAGGUCCGCUUCCUGGAGUCCAACCAUAUCUAUACCUACUGUGGUAUUGUGCUUGUUGCCAUCAAUCCUUAUGAACAGUUGCCAAUCUAUGGACAAGAUGUCAUCUACGCCUACAGUGGCCAGAACAUGGGCGACAUGGACCCUCACAUCUUCGCUGUGGCAGAGGAAGCCUAUAAGCAGAUGGCCAGAGAUGAGAAAAAUCAGUCCAUCAUAGUCAGCGGGGAGUCUGGAGCUGGGAAGACCGUGUCGGCCAAGUAUUCCAUGCGCUAUUUCGCCACCGUUGGUGGUUCAGCCAGUGACACCAACAUUGAAGAGAAGGUCCUAGCAUCUAGUCCCAUCAUGGAGGCCAUUGGCAAUGCGAAAACCACGCGCAAUGACAACAGCAGUCGUUUUGGGAAGUACAUUCAGAUUGGCUUUGACAAAAGGUACCACAUCAUUGGGGCCAACAUGAGGACCUACCUGUUGGAGAAGUCCAGAGUGGUCUUCCAGGCAGAUGAUGAGAGGAAUUACCACAUCUUUUACCAGCUCUGUGCUGCUUCCAGUCUUCCAGAAUUUAAAGAGCUAGCACUGACAUGUGCAGAGGACUUUUUCUACACCUCCCAGGGAGGAGACACGUGCAUCGAGGGUGUAGACGAUGCAGAGGACUUCGAGAAGACACGACAAGCCUUCACACUGCUUGGCGUGAGAGAGUCCCAUCAGAUGAGCAUCUUCAAGAUAAUUGCAUCCAUCCUGCACCUGGGAAGCGUGGAGAUUCAGUCUGAGCGUGAUGGGGAUUCCUGUAGUAUAUCACCCCAAGAUGAACACCUGAGCAACUUCUGCCGCCUGCUGGGAGUGGAGCAGAGUCAGAUGGAGCACUGGCUGUGCCACCGCAAGCUGGUCACCACCUCAGAGACCUACGUAAAGACCAUGUCCCUUCAGCAGGUGGUGAAUGCCCGCAAUGCCCUGGCCAAGCACAUCUAUGCCCAGCUGUUCGCCUGGAUCGUGGAGCACAUCAACAAGGCGCUGCACACUUCCCUCAAGCAGCACUCGUUCAUCGGCGUCCUAGACAUCUAUGGGUUUGAGACCUUUGAAGUGAACAGCUUUGAGCAGUUUUGUAUUAACUAUGCCAACGAGAAGCUCCAGCAGCAGUUCAACUUGCAUGUGUUCAAACUGGAACAAGAAGAAUACAUGAAGGAGCAGAUUCCCUGGACCUUGAUUGAUUUUUAUGACAACCAACCCUGCAUUGAUCUCAUAGAAGCCAAGCUGGGGAUCCUGGACCUGCUGGAUGAAGAGUGUAAGGUAGAGUAUCUUUCGGAUGGUUUCCUGGAGAAAAACAGAGACACGGUGUACGAAGAACAGAUCAACAUCCUGAAAGCCAGCAAGUUCCCGUUAGUGGCUGACCUAUUCCAUGAUGACAAGGACCCUCCCGCUGCCACCACCACUUCUGGCAAGGGAUCGUCUGCAAAGAUCAACAUUCGCUCUGCCAGACCCCCUCUGAAGACCUCCAACAAGGAGCACAAGAAGACCGUGGGUCACCAGUUCCGCACCUCCCUGCACCUGCUCAUGGAGACCUUGAAUGCUACGACGCCACACUACGUCCGCUGCAUCAAGCCCAACGAUGAGAAGCUGCCCUUCCACUUUGACCCAAAGAGAGUGGUGCAGCAGCUCAGAGCCUGCGGGGUGCUGGAGACGAUUCGCAUCAGUGCAGCUGGCUACCCAUCCAGGUGGGCAUACCAUGACUUCUUCAACCGGUACCGGGUACUGGUCAAGAAGCAGGAGCUUGCCAACACGGACAAGAAGGCCAUCUGCAGGUCCGUCCUGGAGAACCUCAUCAAGGACCCUGACAAGUUCCAGUUUGGCCGCACCAAGAUUUUCUUCCGGGCAGGCCAGGUGGCCUACCUGGAGAAGCUGCGAGCUGACAAGUUCCGGGCUGCCACCAUCAUGAUCCAGAAGACCGUGCGUGGCUGGCUGCAGAGGGUGAAGUACCACAGGCUGAAGGGGGCUGCCUUGACCCUACAGAGGCAUUGUCGAGGAUACCUGGCCCGCAGGCUGGCUGAGCACCUGCGGAGGACCAGGGCAGCCAUAGUACUACAGAAGCAGUACCGCAUGCGGAGGGCGCGUCAGGCCUACCAGAGGGUGCGCCAGGCCGCCAUCGUCAUCCAGGCCUUUACCCGGGGCAUGUUCGUGCGCAAGAUCUACCACCAGGUCCUCACAGAGCACAAGGCCACCAUCAUCCAGAAACACACGCGAGGCUGGAUGGCACGCAGACGUUUCCAGCAGCUGCGAGCCGCGGUCAUCGUCAUCCAGUGUGCCUUCCGGAGGCUGAAGGCCAAGCGGGAGCUCAAGGCCCUCAAGAUUGAGGCCCGCUCAGCCGAGCACCUGAAGCGCCUCAACGUGGGCAUGGAGAACAAGGUGGUGCAGCUGCAGCGCAAGAUCGAUGACCAGAACAAAGAGUUCAAGACCCUGUCGGAGCAGCUGUCGACGGUCACCUCAAUGCACGCCGUAGAGGUGGAGAAACUGAAGAAGGAGCUGGCACACUAUCAGCAGAGCCAGGACGGGGACGCCAGUCUGCGGCUGCAGGAGGAGGUGCAGAGCCUGCGCUCGGAGCUGCAGAAGGCACACUCGGAGCGCCAGGUCCUGGAGGAUGCCCACAGCAAGGAGAAAGACCAGCUGAGAAAGCGUGUAGCAGAUCUAGAGCAAGAAAACGCUCUCUUGAAAGAUGAGAAAGAACAGCUUAACAACCAGAUCCUGGGCCGGUCUAAAGAUGAAUCUGCCCAGAGCUCCAUGAAGGAGAAUCUGAUGAAGAAGGAGCUGGAGGAGGAACGGUCCCGGUACCAGAACCUGGUGAAGGAGUACUCCCGACUGGAGCAGAAAUACGACAACCUGCGAGACGAGAUGGCCACUCUGAAGCAAACCCCAGGCCACAGGCGGAAUCCGUCAAACCAAAGUAGCUUAGAAUCCGACUCCAAUUACCCCUCCAUCUCCACAUCUGAGGUCGGAGACGCCGAGGAUGCCCUCCAGCAGGUGGAGGAGAUUGGCCUGGAGAAGGCAGCCAUGGACAUGACGGUCUUCCUGAAGCUGCAGAAGAGAGUGCGGGAGCUGGAGCACGAGCGGAAGAAGCUGCAGGUGCAGCUGGAGAAGAGAGAGCAGCAGGACAGCAGAAAGGUCCAGGCAGAGCAACCAAAGAAUGACUUGGAUUUGGACCAGGAUGCAGAUCUAGCCUACAACAGUCUGAAGAGGCAGGAGCUGGAGUCAGAGAACAAGAGGCUGAAGAAUGACCUGAACGAGCUGAGGAAAGCCGUGGCAGACCACGCCGCCCAGGACAACUCCACACGCAGCUCCCCUGAUGGUUAUAGCCUCCUGCUGAACCAGCUCAGGCUGGCCAACGAGGAGUUGGAGGUGCGCAAGGAGGAGGUGCUCAUCCUUAGGACGCAGAUCGUGAGUGCCGACCAGCGCCGGCUGGCUGGCAGGAACUUGGAGCCCAACAUUAAUGCCAGAACAAGCUGGCCCAACAGCGAGAAGCAUGUGGACCAGGAAGAUGCCAUUGAGGCCUAUCACGGUGUCUGCCAGGCAAACAGCAAGACUGAGGAUUGGGGCUAUUUGAAUGAAGAUGGAGAACUCGGCCUGGCCUACCAAGGCCUAAAGCAAGUUGCCAGGUUGCUGGAAGCACAGCUACAGGCCCAGAGCCUGGAGCAUGAGGAGGAGGUGGAACGGCUGAAGGCCCAGGUGGAAGCCCUGAAGGAGGAGAUGGACCGACAGCAGCAGACCUUCUCACAGACACUGCUGCUCUCCCCAGAGGCCCAGGUGGAGUUUGGUGUCCAGCAGGAGAUGUCCCGGCUGACCAAUGAGAAUCUGGACUUCAGAGAACUGGUCGAAAAGCUGGAGAAGAAUGAGAGGAAGCUCAAGAAGCAGCUGAAGAUUUACAUGAAGCGAGUCCAGGACCUGGAAGCUGUGCAAGCAUUGGCCCAGAAUGACAGGAAGCACCAUGAGCUCACCAGGCAGGUCACGGUGCAGCGGAAGGAGAAGGACUUCCAGGGCAUGCUGGAGUACCACAAGGAGGACGAGGCACUCCUCAUUCGGAACCUGGUGACAGACCUGAAGCCCCAGGUGCUGUCGGGCACUGUGCCCUGCCUCCCUGCGUACAUCCUCUACAUGUGCAUCAGGCAUGCAGACUACACCAACGACGACGUCAAGGUGCACUCCCUGCUGACCUCCACCAUCAACGGCAUCAAGAAAGUCCUCAAGAAGCACAAUGAUGACUUUGAGAUGACGACGUUCUGGCUGUCCAACACCUGUCGCCUCCUUCACUGCUUGAAGCAGUACAGCGGGGAUGAGGGCUUCAUGACUCAGAACACGGCGAAGCAGAAUGAACACUGUCUGAAGAACUUUGACCUCACAGAGUAUCGACAGGUGCUGAGCGACCUCUCCAUCCAGAUCUACCAGCAGCUCAUUAAGAUUGCCGAGGGCCUACUGCAACCCAUGAUAGUUUCUGCCAUGUUGGAGAAUGAGAGCAUCCAGGGUCUCUCUGGCGUGAAGCCCACAGGCUACCGGAAGCGCUCCUCCAGCAUGGUGGAUGGAGAAAACACCUACUGCCUAGAGGCCAUCAUCCGCCAGAUGAAUGCCUUCCAUGGGGUCAUGUGCGACCAGGGCCUGGACCCCGAGAUCAUCCAGCAGGUGUUCAAGCAGCUCUUCUAUGUGAUCAAUGCGGUGACACUCAACAACCUGCUCUUGCGGAAAGACGUGUGCUCUUGGAGCACAGGCAUGCAACUCAGGUACAACAUCAGCCAACUUGAAGAGUGGCUGCGGGGAAGGAACCUUCACCAGAGUGGGGCAGUUCAGACCCUCGAGCCUCUGAUCCAGGCAGCCCAGCUCCUGCAGCUGAAGAAGAAAACUCAGGAGGACGCGGAGGCCAUCUGCUCCUUGUGUACCUCCCUCAGCACCCAACAGAUUGUCAAAAUCUUGAAUCUUUAUACUCCCCUGAAUGAAUUUGAAGAACGGGUAACAGUGGCCUUUAUACGAACAAUCCAGGCACAACUGCAAGAUCGGAACGACCCGCAGCAAUUGCUGUUAGACUUCAAACACAUGUUCCCUGUUUUGUUUCCAUUUAACCCAUCCUCUCUGACCAUGGACUCCAUCCAUAUCCCAGCUUGUCUCAACCUGGAGUUCCUCAAUGAAGUUUGAAGGCAUAGACUUCCAACAUGAACUUCAGUCCCAGUGAGAGCAAAAAGGAAGUAUAUGCAGAAAAGUGAAUUCAGGGAUCUAUUUAAGG